AUGCCAGGGCCAAAUCCCAAGGCAGAUGCUUCAUUACAGCCGCAGCAAACAAAACCAAUACCGAUAACGAAGCCCAAGCCACGGCUGAACGCAGCGCAAGAGACAUCAUCGCCUUUAGAGAAGGUGGAGAGGUUGGAAAGAGCGUCGCCUGGCACGUCACCUCUAAGAAAGCACCGCCUACCGUUGCGCGAACUGAACGACGACGACGAUGUUAUGGGACGGCCGAGUCCGCCCAAUCCAAGUGUGCGCGACUCGAGCGCGGCGCGAAGUCGGUCGCUGACGAAGGCGUGGGAAUCGCCGGCCCGUUCCUCAUCUUUUUCUGGCCGUGGACCUCCUCCGCAGGCACCACCACGUCGUGCUGCCACUGGUCUUGUCGCCCAGCACUCUGCUGGAUCCGCAACGCCACUUAGAAAGCCGGCAGCGACGGCGUCGUCAGUUGACGGGUUGGCCAGCGCCAUCAUGGCGGGGUCUCUUGCAGCGGCAAAACACCCGCCCUCGUCGCAGCAGUCUGUGCCAUCGUCCAUACCCGGGUCACGCUCCCGUACGCCGCCCGCGCCGCCGUCGCUGCGCUCGACGUCGCCCACCAAGCGCACAGGCAUGUUGCAGACGUUGCGGCGGGAGCGGUCACACUCGGACGACGACGACUACGACCGCGACGGCAAGACGAGUGGCAACACGCACUACCGGCGCAGCCACUACCACCGCGACGGGCGGCUGCGGCAGGGCAAGCACCAUUUGUCGCACGCGACACCGGCCGUGCUGGUGGGGGGCAGCCGACACAAGCACAAGCACCACGAGGGGUCGCGGCGGCGCUGGCGCGAAGCCGUUACUGAGCGGCAGAGGCGGCGGUACGAGGCCGUGUGGGCGUCCAACCGCGGCAACCGGGGCUUGGUCGGGAUGGAAAACAACAGCAGCAGCAGCAGCAACAACGUGAACGACGGCGGUACAAUUGUUGACGAUGCCGCCGACGACGACGAGACGGUGCCCAACGUGGUCGUCCGCGACCUUUGGCGACGCAGCCGGCUGCCGCUGGACGAGCUAGCGGAGGUGUGGGACCUAGUGGACGAGACGGGGACAGGCCGGCUGGGCAAGGCCGGCUUCGUAGUGGGCCUGUGGCUGAUCGACCAGCGGCUGCGCGGGCGCAAGAUCCCGGCGCGGGUGAGUGAGAGCGUAUGGAGCAGUGCGCGGGGGAUGCAGGGGCCGACGAUGCAGCGGAGGCGGUAG